GAAGCUCCUCUUUCCCCCUCACAGCAUGUUGUAUAGAUACGACUAAUCUACAUAUAAAUUCAGUUCACUUAUUCCACCUACUCGUCUCCUUCCCCAAUUCCCCUUUUUCUUCUUCUUCUUCUUCAUUGGUAUUUAAAUUCAAACCCUAAAUCCAUUUCCCCCAAAUUCUCUCUCUCUCUCUCUCUCCGCCCCGAUGACUCAAAACCUCCACCGCCGCCGCAACAACCUCAACCGCAUAAUGUUCCCCCGCUGCCUCCACGGCAUCCCCUGCGCGCACCCUCCCCCCGCCGCCGUGAUCCGCCUCGUCAAAUCCGACGGCGCCGUCGCGAUCUACGACCGCGCCGUGACCGCCUCCGAGCUGAUGGAGGAGUUCCCGAAGCACAUGGUGUGCCGAUCGGACUCCUUCUACAUAGGGCAAGUCACCCCGGCGCUCGCCCGCGGCGACCGCCUCCUCCCCGGCCACGACUACUUCCUAUUGCCUGCGAAUUUCUUCCAAUCGCCGCUCUCGUUCGCGGCGCUGGUGCGCGGCGGCGGAAAGGCGCAGUUCGAGAUCGAGAAGACCGCAGCGGGGGGGCUGAGGGUGAAGGUGACGGAGGAGAUGAUCGCGCGGCGGCACAGGGAGAUGGAGGCGGAGGCGGAGACGGCGCGGCGGAUCGUGAGGGUGUGCACGACGCCGCAGCUGAAGAAGGAGUAUGAGACGCUGGUGGGGCGGCGGAGGCAGUGGAAGCCGAAGCUGGAUACGGUGUAUGAGAAGAAGGGGCGGCGGCAGAGGAAGAUUUUGAGGAAGACGAAAUCAAAUGUUUUGUGAGUUGGAAUUUGAUUAGAUUUUUUUAGGUAGAUUGGUAGGGAGUGGGAUUUUUUUAGCAAGGAUUCAAUCGAUCCACAGUCAAUUAGCUUAGCUCAUUACAUGUCAUAUACUACACCAUAAUUUUGAAUAAUUUUGGUUCUUGCUUGGAAAUUUCGAGGUUUUAUGAAAUUAUGAAGUUUUGAUUUUCUUAUCAACGUAUGACAUACUAUUUUUGUGGUA